CCAGUCAGUUUUGUGCGCCCGAAGCGACGAGACAUAUUAAGAAUCGGAAACGGAGAACCAUGAAGACGAUUUCGCUGCUAACUUUUGUGGUGAUGAUGCUCGGAGUGGCACUGAGCUUGGUUUGGGCCGGCCCCGAUGAUGGCUACCUUUAUGACCAGCCAUCGGGUGAGCAACUUCAGGAACUCCAGGUGAUCUCUCCCCCCAGGAAGCUCCGGCUAAAGCCACGUGUCUACCCAGGGCAUCCCUCUCAGGCUUGCGGAAACGUGGAGGCGACGGAUCAUGCCGCUGCCCUGACCACCUACCAUGCCAACCGCCCCCAGCCGCGUCGCAUUUACAAUCACCAGGAAGUCGAGGUGGACAGCUCGUUCUUUGAGCCCACGCCGGAUCGGAUCGAGGAACUCAAGCGUAUUCUCUUGGAUCAGCAAUGAAAUGUGGUUUACUUGGAUGACGGAAAAUUUGCGUGAAAUAAAAGUCUGCUUAUGUGAAAGAG